UGGUUCCUCUCUCGUCUCUGGGGUAGGUACCACUUUGAAGAUGUCGCCACCAGCAAUGAUGCCCAGGGAAAGGCGGAGAUUAUCAGCGUGGAGCCCCUCCCACUGGCACAACUCUCCCUCAGCAGCUGCUCCAGUGCCUGGGCACUCACCGGACAGCAGCUCGUCUCCAAAUUCAACGAACAGGCUCAGAACUCGGUCACCAUAUACAUGGCUUUGUUCAGAAUGCCACAAUAUUCUACAGACCUCCUGGUGACAUUAAAUGAUCCUGUAGCUAUAGAUCCGGCCAGCAGUAGUGCUUCUUCCGGAUCAUCGAACGGCUCCUCUUCUCUAUGGACACAGGAAGAUUUCCACCGUCUCCUGUGCAGUUUCCGUCUACAUGAUCCCGGCAUCUUUGGCUGACUUGAAGGACCUUCCUCCGUUGGAGCCGGGAUGCUUCUUCACUCACCCCUUAGAAUGUUUUACCAAUAACUAGGACUUCAUCCCCGGAUAGUUCUUUUGGCACUGCUACCUGCAGGACCUGGAGGGAUCCAUCUUACAGUUCAUACUUUUCUGUCUGGAUGAUGAUAGACUGAUUUUUCUCUUCGUGAGUUACAUUCUAUAUGUAUGUUUUCCAUGUUGCAAAAUAAGGAAUUAAACAGCUUCUGGUUGAUGGUUUUGAAAAAUGUACAGGUCCAAUGGACCAAUCACAGACGGACAUGCAUAACAAUCUGAGUUCUGUCAUCAUUUAUAAUGGUACCUAAUGCAAAGCUUUACAUUU